AUGGCGUUUUUCCUUACUUGUCCUGUACCACCACAUGUAUCGGGAGUGUUGAGCAGCGGCAGUGCGAUCGAAGCCGUGCUGCACAAAAGAAGCCAGCCACAUGACGGUGACACAUGGGUGCCCCCGAGGCUUUCACAUCAUACCGCGGAAUAUCCACCAAUCCGUGUUUGGCAAAAACAUCCAGGUCACAAGAGGUCACAACAACCGUUUCUCACUGCUUGCACAAUCGCACGCGCUGAUGAAACAGCAAGUGUAAAAAAAUUGACAUCAUGUAUGCACUUGGUGGGUGUGGAUCAUGUUUUUGUCUAUAUGGUAGAGCGAGAAGAGAGCUCGUACGAUGCACACUUUUCAGACUUGGGUUCGGCGCGAUUCAUCACGCUUGUUCCUUGGCCGUUCUCGCCUGGCGGUUACAAUGCACGUUUGAGUCAGGUGGGUGCUUGCGAUAACUGCAUGUGGAGGCAAAAACGUCGGGCAACAUGGACACUACAAGCCCAACAUGAUGAGUGCAUCCAGCCCCUUGGAACAGACCGCAAUCUCAAAGAGCUUUUACAUAAUCAUGGUAAUCAUAGCUGUGUAACUGCUUUGGAAACUGGGUGGUUCAAGCUGUCAUCAAUUGGUCUUCGGACAGGUCCAAAUGGACUUGAAGCGGUCGAGACACCUGAAGCAAGAAGACUAUAUAGCGACGAAGGACCAGCGGAUGGCCUGAAUGUUCUCUCGGAGGAGUUUUCAUAUCGAGCAGCAGCGCCUUUCGGAGUGCAAGUGUGCGAGGGUGGGGCUGCCUCUAACACCUGCGCAGCUUUCAGAGCAGGAAACAACUUCAUGCAUUUCUUCGCCAGGCCCGACGAUGUCGUCCAGACUGGUGUGCAUGCAGUUGUAGAGUUUGUAAAGGAUUCUGUUGUACGUGGCUAUUUUGAUCCAUUCAACGAAGCCCGCAUCAAUCAUUUUUCUGAGUACGCGGGAGACAGGUACAAGCACGAAAUCAACGUAGAAAUAGAUUGCCAAGGCGGGCGUGAGAAUGUGCCCCAAUCGCGGGCAGCGUUUCUGAAAGACUCGUCGAUGUUUGUCAUGAGGACUUGUGUUGAGAUGUUGUGGAGCUAUGGGCAUCUCACGCCAGAGGUUGAGGCAUGCGUGAGCAGGAAUUGGCAGAGGUCAAAGACCGACCGUAUUGUCAUGUAUAGAAAUGUGUCCGGCGAUUCAUUGUUUGAGCGCGGUGCCUCAGUUGUUUGCGAGUCGUUUCAAUUUGAGUGA